AUGUCUACGUUUAGCGGCGAUGAAACAGCCCCGUUCUUCGGUUUCCUUGGCGCUGCAGCCGCACUUGUCUUCUCCUGCAUGGGAGCUGCUUAUGGAACUGCAAAGAGUGGUGUUGGUGUAGCUUCUAUGGGAGUGAUGAGACCAGAGUUGGUGAUGAAGUCGAUUGUUCCAGUUGUUAUGGCUGGUGUUUUGGGUAUUUACGGAUUGAUUAUUGCGGUUAUCAUCAGUACCGGGAUCAACCCUAAGGCUAAGUCUUACUACCUCUUUGAUGGAUACGCACAUCUCUCGUCUGGUCUUGCUUGUGGUCUUGCUGGUCUUUCUGCCGGAAUGGCCAUUGGGAUUGUGGGUGAUGCCGGUGUCAGGGCAAAUGCUCAGCAGCCUAAGCUCUUUGUCGGGAUGAUUCUUAUCCUUAUCUUCGCAGAAGCGCUUGCUCUUUACGGGCUUAUUGUAGGAAUCAUCCUCUCCUCAAGAGCUGGCCAGUCUAGAGCAGAAUGA